AUGAAUAAAAAUUCAGAAGAAGUAGAUAAAAGCAGCUCGAAUAAGUGCCUCUGCGUGCAAAUAGUAGGCAAUAAUUACUGCAUGGAGUAUUGCACGUUUCCGCGUGAAGAAAGGAUUUCUCCCCCAGAAGAGUCUGUUUCUUACCCGAAAAUGCUCAUUUGUUUCCUGGUCCUGUGCCUUAAGCUUCUGGUUUUUGCUCUUAUUGCUUUCCUGGUCUACCGUUGGAGCCUCUUCUCCCUGGAAAUGCACUCGAAAGAGGGGAAGUGCUUGGGAACAGACACUCUCCAAUGCAAUGGCACCAGAGAGUCUGCAGAGUAG